AUGAUAGACCUCCUAGAAAUGAUCUUCCAGACCCAGAAGCCCACCUGGGUGGACUGCAAGCAGCUCCUUUUCAUGUUCUUUAACACUGAGGAGUACAUGAGAGUAGUAACAGAGGAUCAGAAGUGGCUCCAGACCCAGGCCCCAGCAGGAAUAAGAGAUACAGACAGAUGGUCCAGGAAGGCCUUCCCAGAUGAGAAACCCAAUUGGAACCCGAACUCAGAUGAUGGAAGGACCGGGCUAGAAAGAUAUCGGCUGGCUUUCCUCCAGGGGGUCAGGGCCGGAGCCAAAAAGCCCACCAACAUGGCUAAAAUCUCUGAGGAUUUCCAGAAGCCUGAUGAAAGUCCAGCAGCUUUCUAUGAGAGACUAUACUGGGUCCCCUUUUCCACCCAGUUGCUAUCAACCAGAGCCACCCGAAAAAAUUUCCAGAGGAAGAUGGCUGAGAGGCCCACGGCAGCACCGAGGUCUGUGCCUCUCUCCAAGCACACCAGAGAGCCGCUCACAGAAGCCAGUAACCAGAAACCCCUGUCCGGGGGACAAGAGAAAUCUUGUACAAAACCAUCACCAAACAAAAAACGCUGUUCUGACAACACUGACGUAGAAGUUUCCAACUUGGAAAAUGCACAGCAGGUUGAGUCAGCUUCUGCCAAACCUUGUUCUCCAAGUCCUGUGUCCCCUCAGACGCAGCCACAGGCACCAGCUCUGGCCAGUGAUUCCCUGCCCGCCACCCGGGCAUCGCUGCUGGGCCUGCAGAAAGCACUGAACGCCAGGCCUGAGGCUCUGCAGAAGCUGGCAGCCCAGCAGCGCCACUGUGAUAAUGACAAGGUAAAAGAUGAUACCCCUGAAAGCUCACUCAUCCCCUCAAUGCCAGCGGAGGACAAGGCGGCCUCCCCUCUCAAACCAGCAGAAGCCUCAGCAACUCCCGUGGGGAGGAGGGGCCGUCGCAACCUUGCCGCCACUAUUUGCUCCUGGGAAGAUGAUGUCAGUCUCUCAUCAGCAAAGCAGAACAGUGCCCCAGGACAGCCUGGCACCACUUGUUUGUCCAAAUCUUCCUCUGCCAGCGGAGCAUCUGCUGGCAUCAAUGUUGCGCAGGAAGCCGCAUGCUGCUCCCCGAGGGGUGGCCAUGACUCUCUGAACAAAGCCCCGGCCUCGAGAGCCGCCUCGAGAGCCGCCACCGUCUCCUUGCCUACAGGUGCCGUUUCCAGCGCUGUGAAAGCUGCUUCUUCCCCUGUGAAAGCUUCUAUAUCUGUCACCAAUGCUAAAAAUUGUGAGGUAAGAAAACCUGAGCGACUUCAAAAAAUUGCUAGUCCUUUAAAAACAGAGGUAUCGAAAACAAUCGGGAAAUCGGCUGAAUCCCAGACAGUUCAGCCCAAAAAGUAAGUAAAUAGAGAAACUUGUCUGCAGUCUCACUCUAAAGACAAACCUACAACACCAAGAGCAGGAGUCAAGCCGUUUCUGGAGAGCUUCGGAGAGCGCUGUCUAGAAGGCAGCCAAGACAGCCCUGCAUGGAGCACACCCCACAGGACCCCCGUGGUCACUCCAAACACCAAGCCCAUCCAGGAAAGACUGUUAAAGGAAAACACAUCUUCAUCUACUACCCACGUAGCCCAGCGGCUCAAGCAGGAACGUGAAAAAGAACUAGCAUGUCUUCGUGGCCGAUUUGACAAGGGCAAUUUAUGGAGUGCAGAAAAGGAAAACUCAAGAAGCAAACAGCUAGAAACCACACAGGAAAUUCACUCUCAGAACAUUCCCCUCAGAAAACAUCAAGUUGUUUCAAAUACCCCGUCCCGUCCAGUAACAGAAAAGGAAAAGGUGGCAGAAGAGCAGACUCCAGCACAGCCCCACAGCCCAGAGCCGGCAGGUUUCACUGAAUGUGAAAUGACAAAGUCUAGCCCUUUGAAAAUAACACUGUUUUUAGAAGAGGAAAAGUCUUUAAAAAUAACAUCAGACCCAAAGAUUGAGCAGCAGACCAAAGUGGUACAUGAGACUGAGAUGAGCGUGAAUGACAAGGAUGACAUCAAUAGUUCGAAAGUGAUUAACGACAUCUUCAGUGAUGUCCUGCAGGAAGGCGAGCUGGAUGUGGCCAGGAGCCCAGAGCAGAUGGGCCAGUUGGGAGCCGAGAGGGAGGACCAGGAGGAUGCCCUGAAUAUCUCCUCGAUGUCGCUGCUUGCUCCGCUGGGACAGACAGUCAGUGUGGUAAGUCCAGAGAGUUUCGCUUCCUCACCUAGAUUGGAACUGAAGGGCAGUAGCAUACAUGACGAGAGUCCCAAACCAGGAAAGUUCCAGAGAACCCAUGUCCCGCGGGCCGAGUCUGGUGACAGUAUUGGUUCUGAGGACCGUGACCUUCCUUACAGCAUCGAUGCGUACAGAUCUCAGAGAAUAGAAGAAACAGACGGUCCUUCAAUUAAGCAGAUUGCUCGAAAGGAAGAUGCUACUUCAAAAUUGGAGGGAAAAAGGAAUGCUGAAGAAAAGAGCAUCUUUCCUUGUCAGGUGAACGUCAAGCAGAAAAUGCAGGAACUCAACAAUGAAAUCAAUCUGCAGCAGACGGUGACCUACCAGGCCAGGCAGGCCUUGAACUGCUGUGUGGACGAGGAGCACGGGAAGGGGUCCCUGGAAGAAGCCAAGGAAGAAAGGCUGCUUCUGAUGGCAACUGAGAAGAGAACACUUUUGAUUGAUGAUCUGAAUAAACUGAAGAGUGAAGGACCUCAGAGGAAGAAUAAGGUUGGUCUCCUCUCCCAAAGUGAAUUUGUCCUGUCCAAAGGGUCAGUCAUUUUGUCAGAAAUCUGUUUGCCUCUCAAGGCAGAUUUUGUCUGCAGCACAGUUCAGAAACCAGAUGCAGCAACUUACUUCUUCCUGAUCAUACUGAAGGCAGGAGCCGAGAACAUGGUGGCCACCCCGCUGGCAAGCACUACCACUUCUCUGAAUGGUGAUGUUCUGACUUUCUCCACUACAUACACUCUGGAAGAUGUGUCCAAUGACUUUGAAAUCAGUAUUGAAGUUUACAGCUUGGUGCAAAAGAAAGAUCCCUCAGUGCUAGAUAAGAAGAAAAAGGCAUACAAAUCCAAGGCUAUCACUUCAAAGUGACUUCUCACAUCUAUAACUACAAAAAGCAACCUUCAUUCUUCAGUGAUGGCCAGCCCCUGCGGUCUCCAUGCUGUGCGCACCAGCAACUUUAUCCUUGUUGGAUCUUACACGCUGUCCUUGUCUUCAGUAGGAAACACUAAGUUUGCUAUGGACAAGGUGCCCUUUUUAUCUCCUUUGGAGGGUCAUAUUUAAUUAAAAAUAAAAUGUCAAGUGAAUUCAAGUGUUGAAGAAAAAGGUUUCCUAACCAUAUUUGAAGAUGUAAGUGGGUUUGGUGCCUGGUAUCAAAGAUGGUGUAUUCUGUCUGGAAACUGUAUCUCUUACUGGACGUACCCCAAUGACGAGAAACAGAAGAAUCCCAUAGGAAGGAUAAAUCUGGCCAAUUGCACCAGUUGUCAGAUAGAACCAGCCGACAGAGAAUUUUGUGCAAGACGCAACACUUUUGAAUUAAUUACUGUCCGACCACAAAGAGAAGAUGACCGAGAGACACUUGUCAGCCAGUGCAGGGACACACUCUGUGUCACCAAGCACUGGCUGUCCGCAGACACCAAGGAAGAGCGGGACCUCUGGAUGCAGAAGCUCAAUCAAGUCCUUGUGGACAUUCGCCUCUGGCAGACUGACGCCUGCUACAAGCCUCUCGGGAAGCCCUGAGCGGGGCAGUUCCCAUGC